CUCGUGAGCAACGGCAACACAAACUCCUCAUCCCUUUCUUAUACUUAUACCGUCAAGUUGGAGGAAAAGUGUAGAGCAAAUGGAAUUAAAUUCUUCCGUCAAUUGUGCUAAUUUCGCAACAUUGGCCAUUCUCUUGAAGCCAUCAGUGGGUUUUCUCACUUUUCUUCAUGUGGAAAAUUCGAGGUGAAUGAAGUUGAACGGACGGACAUCGCGGUGCUGCAGUUCGCAAAAAAAGCUUUUGUGUAUCAAUGUCGAAACGUACGGCAACGGCAUAGAUUCCGCACGCGUUUUCAGUGCCAAUAGAGUGCAUAAAAAUAAUAUAUAUUGUGUUAGUGUUUGACUAAAUAUAAACGUGACCCUGCGUGGAUUUUCUCAGAUUAUUUAUUUUAUUUAUUUUUUAUUGCUGAAAGGAAUUCGUGUGAGAGACGCCGAGAUUCUCAACAGCUGAUUAGGGAGUGAUCAUAAGAUAUUUUUUAUCACAGCACCAUCUCACGCGCAUUCUCAUUUAAUUUGCCAGGCUCAAAUGAAGGAAUAUUGAGAGAGAAAAAAAAGUGUGAUUGAGAAAAACAAAUCGCGUGUUUGAAUGAUUUUUUUUUCGUCAAGUUCACAUAUUUUAUAUAGAUAAAGUCUUGCGCGCCUUUUCUUAUCGUAUCACGCACUCGUAAAAUUGCUCAAAAGCGGAAAAAAAUGUGUACACGGGGUUAGAUAAAAAAUAUACAAUAUUUUAAUUAUUCGUGAUAUUUUGUGGCUAAAAGAUCACGCGCAAAACUUGAUGUCAUCUCAAUUAAUACGAAGAAAUCUACAAGAGUUUGGUGGAUCCGUGUGGUGUUGCAAAAUAACACAGAGCACGUGCUGAUUGUUUCGCUGAAAGCAACAUUGUCUUUGGAUUGAAAGAAAAAUGACCCACGGACCAACAGCUCCACGGAAGAAGACCGUUGGUGAUGGUACAGAAGAAGAUGUACAGCUACCAGCACCACCAGAUGGUGGAUGGGGAUGGAUGGUGGCCUUUGCCUCAUUUGCCAUUCACAUUGUCACUGAUGGUAUGACCUACUCCUUUGGUAUGUUCUACGUGGAAUUCCUGGCGUAUUUUGGGGAGGAUAAGAGCUACACGGCGUGGAUUGUGUCUAUAUUGGUCGGUGUUACCCUGUGCUCAGGUCCAAUAUCAUCAGCUUUCGUCAAUCGAUAUGGAUGCCGUGCUGUGACAAUCGCGGGAUCCUUAUUAGCAGGAAUCUGCUUAGUUAUCAGUGUAUUCGCACAGAAUGUCCUAACGCUCAUUGUAACCGUUGGCUUUGGCACAGGCUUUGGGUUUGGCCUCAUCUACCUUCCGGCCAUUGUGAGUGUGACGAUGUACUUUGAAAAGUAUCGAUCCCUAGCCACGGGGAUUGCUGUAUGUGGAUCUGGGCUGGGUACCUUCAUCUUUGCUCCCCUGACGGAGCACCUAAUUAAGAACUACGGCUGGCGCGGGGCAAUGCUAAUUAUUGCUGGAAUUGUGCUCAAUUGCAUGAUUUUCGGUGCAAUGUUUCGUCCUUUGGAGGCACCGAAGAAGAAGAAAAAACGAAGAAGCACCGAUGAUGAAAUGUCCCUCAAGGUACUCGGAUCAAGCAGUAAUAAUGCAUCAGGUAACAAUAGACUGAGACUCGUAUCAGAUAGUCGACUACUCGUUGCUGAGGAGCAGGAAUCAUCAAUUCAGCGAUCAGCUAGCAUUGCUCAGGAUAUGACACAGGAUUCACCGCCUAGUAGAAGAGAUCCCAAUGGGAAUAUUGAGAAUGGCAUAAGGCAGACCUCAAGUCAGCCACUUCUUACGUCUUCCGCACUACUACGGGCAAGUACUCGCUCGGCGGGAAGUGGAACAAUGUACAGAGCUGAUAUCCUGUAUCAGGGAUCCCUGCUGAAUAUCCCACAAUAUCGUUCACGUGGCGAACUUGCCAUCACCGAAUCCGAUCGCUAUGGCUCACUGAGGCGUGAUGGCACUCCGGCUCAUAAGGAGAUCUCCGAGGAAUUUAUUGUGUGCGGAUGCGUACCAUGCUCCAAAGAAACCAAAGAUACAUUCCGAGAAAUGCUAAAUUUCUCCAUAAUGCACGAUGCUGUCUUCAUCCUCUUUGCCGUAUCGAAUUUCUGCACUAGCAUUGGGUUCUACGUCCCGUAUGUCUUCUUAGCAGCACAAGGUGAAGAACAGGGUCUAUCCACGGAGGAAACAAGCUACUUGCUGGCAACUAUUGGAAUAGCCAAUACAAUUGGACGAAUCAUUUUGGGAUAUCUAUCCGAUAAACCAUGGGUCAAUCGACUGGGAGUGUACAACACGUGUCUUACUAUUUGCGGAAUCGCAACGGCCUUAUCAAUCUUUUGCCUAGACUUCACCUCGUUGAUGAUUUAUUCAGUAGUUUUCGGAUUUACAAUUGGUGCUUACGUGGGAUUAACUUCAGUAAUCCUAGUUGACUUACUAGGCCUGGAUAAAUUGACCAAUGCAUUUGGCCUUCUGCUCCUCUUCCAGGGCAUUGCAUCACUCGUAGGACCACCCCUUGCUGGAUGGCUCUAUGAUGAGACAAAAACAUACACUCCUGCAUUUCUCAUGGCGGGAAUUACAAUUGCCGUCAGCGGAGUUGUUCUAUUUGGCAUUCCACCACUUCAGCGAUACCUCAAAAGGAGACGUUCAUCGUGCUUUGAUAGUGCAUCGCUGUGAGGGGGAAGACUCACCAUUAACCACCCGAUUUGCAAAGAAAUCCUUGCCAAUUUGUACUGCUAUCAGUUAACAUUUGGGUCUUCCUCAAAUUAGUUUAAUAACAUUAAUAGAGAGAAAAGUUAAGAAAAAAAAAUUAAUUGAACACAGGGAGAGAAUGGGAACAAUCUUAUGUUCUAUUCUUAUAAGAUUUCGAUCACACUGUGAGGCACAUUCUCUGGCACAAAACCACCAACUUUCCUUCUAUGCGCAAAGUGACUUCUCUGGCAAAAGAAAUAAUGCUCAAAUAACAUCGCUCUAUGUGAAGAAAAUAAAUCAUCAUCAAAGACACCUUCCUCAAGGGAAAUUAGAGAUUUUCUUCUUAUAAAUUCUUCAACAGAGGGUGUAAAAGAACGUGAUAAGAACAAAAUCAAGAACAUUGAGAGACUUCAACAACAAAAAUUCAACAAUAAAUGAUCACAAGUCAAUUUAUUCUUGAUAAUAAUUUUUUUCUGUGCAGAAAUAUGACCAGGUGUGAAAAUACAUAUCUCUUCAAACAAUACAUUAUAAUAGAGAGAAGUCUUUUUGUAUAAUAAAUUAGCAAAUUUUAUCUCACAAAAUCUUAACCACAACUUAGCAUAAACUAUAUAGCAAAUUACCAUAGACUAUAUACAUUUUAACAAUCAACUCUAUCGAAAGUUUUGUACUAUUUCACGUCCGCCGCAAAAAACUUGACAUGUUGUUGUACAUUUUACUACUUGAAUGUAAAGAAAAAUGUAUAUAUAAGAACUAUAUAAAUAGAUAAUAAUGUAAAAUGUCUUAAUAAAUUUACGGAGUAAUCUACAA